UUCACUACAGAACUAAGCCAUCAUUCGAAUUUUAAAUCCGUAAGAAAUGAGCGAAACUCGCGAAAAGUGACUGUCGAAAUAUUAUUCGUAUUUAAAGUGUUCGUGAUCAUUUUUAAUUUGGUGGAGCAUAAAAUAAGACAUGUCGCCAUUACGGGGAGCGGUGCUGCGGUGGCGCCGCCAAGCGGACAACUUGUCAUCUACGGUGAAACCCAGCGCGAUGCCACCAUCGAACGGCUCCUCAACAUUGGCACCGCCAGUAACGGGCGGCACUGCGACAGAAUCCUAUGUCCCGAUGUCAUCCACAACAGUCCCUCAGGAGUCGACAGCUGAGAAGGUAGCCGCGGAGGUCGCACACAAACUGAACAUGGAGACUUGGCAGUUGGUUGCCAUCCUUGUUGGCGUUGGCGUGGUCAUCCUGGGCAUAUGUUUCUGCUGCAUCCGGCGAUGUUUCCGCAAGCGACGCUCGAAGGACGGCAAGAAGGGGAUGAAGGGGGUCGACUUCAAGUCCGUCCAGCUCCUAGGUUCAGCCUACAAGGAGAAGGUUCAGCCGGACAUGGAAGAGCUCACGGAGAACGCUGAGGAACCUGAUGAUGGAGACUCCAAGAAAGAGGAGCAGAAGUUAGGCAAGCUCCAGUACAAGCUGGAGUACGACUUUAACAGUAACAGUCUAUCGGUGACGGUGAUACAAGCCGAGGAACUGCCUGCUCUGGACAUGGGCGGCACAUCGGACCCUUACGUCAAGGUGUAUCUGUUACCUGACAAGAAGAAGAAGUUCGAAACCAAAGUGCAUCGGAAAACAUUGAAUCCUGUAUUCAAUGAAACUUUCGUCUUUAAGAACGUACCAUACGCGGACGCAAUGAAUAAAACUCUGGUGUUCGCCAUUUUCGACUUCGAUCGUUUCUCGAAGCACGACCAGAUCGGAGAGGUAAAGGUGCCGCUGUGUCAGGUGGAUUUGGCACAGACCAUUGAAGAAUGGCGUGAGCUGCAGAGCGUCGAAGGAGAAGGUGGACAGGACAACAAGUUGGGAGACAUUUGUUUCUCGUUGCGAUAUGUACCGACCGCUGGAAAACUGACUGUUGUCAUUUUGGAAGCCAAGAACUUGAAGAAGAUGGACGUUGGUGGUCUAUCAGAUCCGUACGUAAAGAUAGCACUAAUGCAAAACGGCAAACGUCUCAAGAAGAAGAAAACAAGUAUCAAGAAAUGCACACUGAAUCCCUAUUACAACGAGUCAUUUACUUUUGAAGUACCAUUCGAACAAAUACAGAAAGUGAAUCUAGUGGUAACGGUGGUCGACUACGAUCGCAUCGGUACUUCGGAGCCCAUCGGCAAGGUGGUGCUGGGCUACAACGCGUCGGGCACGGAGCUGCGUCACUGGUCAGACAUGCUGGCUAGCCCGCGGCGACCCAUCGCCCAGUGGCAUACCCUCAAGGACCCUGAUGAUGGUGAGAAGAAGGAUUAAGAGCACCAAGACCCACAGAGCAGCAUUUCACGGAUGGACGAGUUCAGAGAUCGGAGUAUAAACGCCUUAUCAUUUAUCAACCUAUUGACUGUACCAAUUUUGUUAACUCUCCUAAAGUAUUUUCAAAGGUUUGACGUAGAUAGUAGGCUUCGAAUAUUUAAACAGAGCGAGUUACAUAUUUGUUACCGCUUAAUCUGACAGACUUAAAAUACGUAUAACAACAAAUGUACUAACAUCUUGUAUCUAAAUAAAUAAAUGAAUAUUUUUUCCUGAUAUCUUGUUAUAAAUAUUUGCACAACAAUGAAAAUAUUUAAAUAUGUACCGUACUGUUGAAUCUCU